CACUGUAUGCUGCAGAGCGGAGAGUGAGAAUCAAUCCGUGCUUGUUGCCGGCUGUUGUCGAAGAUCAAAAUACUUUUAAGUAAUAACCAUGGCCACCGAAGUCCAAGAAACUGCACCAGUCUCAGCCUCGGAGGAGGCUCCUGCUGCUGCGCCCAAGAAGAAAGCAGCGGCCAGUAAGAAAGCCAAGCCGGCUGCUGCUGAGGCUGGUACCCCAGCUAAAAAGAAGAAAAACAAGAAGAAGAAGAACCAGCCAGGAAAAUACAGCAUGCUGGUGAUUGACACCAUCCGUAAGCUGGGUGAAAGAAAUGGUUCGUCUCUGGCAAAGAUUUAUAAUGAAAGCAAGAAGGUCAGCUGGUUCGAUCAACAGAAUGGACGUACGUACCUUCGCUACUCCAUCAAGGCACUCUUGCUGAAUGAUUCGCUCAUCCAGGUGAAGGGCACCGGGGCGAACGGCUCCUUCAAGCUAAACAAAAAGAAGUUUGAGAAAUCGUCGGACAAGAAGGGCUCGUCCAAGGCGGCAAAGGGCUCAGCCGCUGCGACCAAGAAGGACAAAAAGCCAGCGGAUAAGAAAGCGAAGGCGAAAGUGACACCCAAAAAGAAGAAGCCGUCGAAACCGACCACUGGAGCAGCCAAAAAGGCGGCCAAACCCAAAAAGGCAGCCAAAAAGCCAGCCACCGCGACCAAGAAGGUUAAGAAGCCGAAAAAGGCCAGCAAGCCAUCCGUGCCAAAAUUGCCAAAAGCCAAGAGUGCGAAAGCGUCCAGAGGGGCAAAAUGAGAAACUCCUCAAGUGGACUGGCGAGCUACAGACUUUGCUAAACACGAGAUGCUAUAUCUUUUUGGAGCUAUCGAUAGAUUUCUCGUCUUCUUAAUGGACCAUAUUUUAGUUGUUAAUCGGAGAUAGCUGUAAAUGCCUUUUGGUUUUGCAUUUGAUGUUUUAUGCCUUAAAGGUAAAUAUGCUUGUUUUGAACAUUUGCUUUUAUAUCGUAUGUUUCGGAAAAAUGGAAGGUGGUUUGGGGAGGGGGUGAAGAUUAAGUUAACAUGAUGCAUAGCUACUCAUGUGGAAUAUGUUUAAUUUGUACGACUGUCUAAUUUUCGAUCUGUGUUUUAACUGCACUGCGUAAUGAUUUUGGAAGAGUUGUUUUGAUUUGAUAUGUGGGCAACGCCCCCUGGAUGCUCGCCCUGUGUAACCGUUGAGUGAUCCAGGUGGGAGGGACCAGAGAAAGUUAAACCAUGCAGCCGCCAUAAAGAAACAAAAGGAAAUGUUUUUGUAUGCUACAAUGCAAUUUCUCCCACCGCCGAAAACAUUUUUUUUGUUUUUUUUGUUGUUGGUUACAUUUCUCAAAUAAAUGUCGUAUGAAUAUGUCAA